UCUAAAAUAAAUAUUAUAUAAUAUAAUCCAAUAAUUACUUCAAAAUAUUUAUUAUAAUAAAAUAACACAAACACAAUAUUAUCGUUCAUAAUUUAUUUCAUUUUUAUAUUAUAGAAAUUCGAAAAUAAAUUGAGAAAUCUUCAACAUUCUUAUUAGAUCAAUCACAAAUUAAUUCUAGAGAUGAGUAAUAUUUGCGCAAGGUGUGAAAAAGUCGUGUAUCCCAUGGAAGAGCUUAGAGCUCUUGAUAAGAUAUACCAUAAAAAUUGUUUUCGUUGCACCGAAUGUGGAUGUACAUUAAACUUAAAGAACUACAAAGGAUACACCAAAAUGCCAUACUGCAAUGCUCACUAUCCUAAAGAUAAAGCUUCGGUUGUCAUUGAUACACCUGCCAACGUUACAGCUAUGCACAAUACACGUAUGCAAAGCAAUCUAAACUACCAUAAAGAUUUUGAAAAGCAGAAAGGAACCGGGGCUGGAGGAGUUUCGCGUCAUGCCCCUGGAGAAGAAGGUGCACCGGCUGAAACUGCAGCUGCUGCCGAAUAGAUGACUUGCUUUAUCUUUUUUUCACUCCAAUAAUUUUUUUUAAUUGAAAUUAUUUAUUAACAUUAGAUACGCCUUCUAAUUCAUAUUAUUAUAUGCCACAUCCAUAAUAAUAAUCGGCUUUCAAAUAUUAUCAUGAGUUAAUUCAUUUUAUUCGCGAUCGUACAAUCAAUGAAUAAAAUAAAAUGCAUACAAAGAAUAAAAAUUAUCUUAUCUUUACUUGGAUACGAAUAUUAAUUUAAUAUAUAUCUACCUUUAAUCAACAUAAUCUAGAUACUGAUUAAAUUUGAUUAUAAUUAUAUUCAAUAUUUUUUAUUUAAUUUAUAAAUAGCCAAAAAAUAGGUUUUUGGAAAUUCUCAUUUUAUCAUACCAAAAGAUUCUAUGAUUUGCAUAUAUUAUUUUUUAUAUUUUAUUUGUAACUUCUCUUUUUUGAAAAUUUUCAAUUAUAUAAAAACUAUAUAAACAAAAUUCAUUAUUGUUUUUCACUAAGCAAUAAAAAUUAUAUAAACGAUAUAAUUAUGUAUGCUAAGAUAAUAAUAAACUAUCCCUUAUGUA